GACGCGUCUCUCCGGUCAGAGACAUGCUACCGGGCCGCUGAGCACCGACAGGCCGCAGGGGGACUCGUACCGGGGCGGCGGAUCCGGUCUAAACUGACACCAUGCUGAAGUGGCUCUCUGGUGAGGAGGGACAGCCGGGCUCUGCAGGUCCAGGCUCUCCCCGCGGCCCUGCUGUCGGCGGCGGCGAGGUCGCUGUGGAGGAGAUAACGGAGCGGCUCUCCCAAACCGAGCUGCUGGUCACUCAGCUGAAGGAGUUGAUCCGGGAGAAGGAUGCAGCACUUCACUCCAAAGACGACCAACUUAAGGCGGAGAAGGAGACGUGCGACUCCAAGCUGUCCAAGCUUCGUCUGCAGAACAAGGCCAAGGUGACCUCCCUGACCUCACAGCUGGAGGAGCUGAGGAAACAGCAGGGAGGUCAGGGCACGCCGACACACGGCAAAAAGGGGUCAUCAGAAGGAGGAGAGCAGGCCAGUCGGGGGAAGAUAGUCUUGCUAAAGAAGAAGGUCGAGGAACUAGAACAGCAGCUCGCACAACGACAGGAGGAACUGGAAAACAAGAGGAAGGAGGUGGAGUCACAGCUGCAGCGCGGCGAGGAAAUGGACGCCAUGCUGACGGAGAGGGACAGGAAGCUGGCAGAAAAAGAGGAAUAUAUUGUUCACCUGCAAACAGCGCUGGGAGGAGAUCAGCCCGUCACACUGGCACCGCAACAAAAGGAGUCCGAGGAUGGAGGAGCGAUGCAGGAGCUGCAGCUGCUGGUGCAGAGCCUCACCAGGAAGGUGGGCGAGGCGGAGGAGCGCUACAGUUUACUGCAGGAGCAGACGGAGAGCUUCAAAGAGCUGCUGGUCACAGAGAAGGAGCAGUACGUCCAGAAGGAGACCAUGUACAAACAGAACAUCCAGACAUUCAAAGACAUCAUUAUUCAGAAAGACAACCAGCUGAUGGAGAUCAACCAGAUGCACGAACAGGAGCUCUUCAAGCUAGCAGCGAAGUCUGACGCCAGUGCAGACCUGGAGCAGCUCUUGAAGGCUCUAAAGCAGAAGCUUCAUGAGAAGGAGGAGGUGCUUCUGGGUAAAACGCAGGUCAUCGAUGUUCUCCAGGGAGAAGUGGACGGCAGGGACCAACAGAUAAAGGAUCUAACAGAGCGGCUGCGUCGGAUGCACGUAGAGCGAGAGAGCCUGGCGUCCAAGAUGGAGGCGGAGAAGCACGUGAUGCGAGCGCAAAUUCGAGACCUGAUGGAAAAGCAGCAGGCGGAGGUUCAGCGAAUGACGGAGCAGCAUCAGGCCCAGAUGGAACAAACGCAGCAGGAGCUCCUGGGUCAGCUGGAGGAGCUGAGGAGGUCCGGAGGAGCAGAGACGGCUCCACGACAGGAGGCCUCGGGAAGUGGAAGCAUGUCCGCAGAACCAGCCUCCGUCCAGAGGAUCGCUGAGCUGGAAGCCCAAGUGAAGCAGAGAACAGAGGACGCCAGCAGAUCAGAGGCCAAGUUCCUGAAAACUAAAGCCUGGUCCAAAUCUCGGAUCAGACAGUUAGAGGAGGAGUUGAAGAAAAGCCAGUCUGGAGGAGCCCCCCCAGACCUGACUGCCCUCCGGACUCAUAUCACGGCUCUGGAGGAGGAACGAGAGGAAAACCUCUGGAAAGUGGAGCAAUAUGAGGAGAUCAAAGCAAAGAACGAAAUGCUGGAGGCCAAGCUGGUGGUUUACGAGGAGCAGCAGAGGACGCUACAAGCAGACCUGGAGCAGUUCACCAAGAGGACGGCCUCUCAGGCCAGCGAGUCGGGCAGCGCCGACGACGCUCAGAGUCAGGUUCUGGAGUGGCAGGAGAUGGUGGCGGAGGCCGUCAGCGCCAGAGACCGGGCCAAGGAGGAGAAGGCGGCCAUGGCCCUCCGAUGCAGCCACAUGGAGGAGGAGAGAGAGGCACUGGCCACUCGGCAGCAGGAGUUGGAGGAGGAGCUGACUCAAGCUCGGGGGCUCGGACAGCACCGGGCCAAGAAGCUGGCAGCUCCGGCCGAGCGGAGCCUGCAGGAGGACUUUGAGUUCGACGGUCAGGCCUCGUUCCAGAACCCCCGGAGCCCCUCUGAGGUCACGACCCCGAUGGAGGGGGAGAACAUGGGAGACGGUCUGCGGUCCGUCGUGGAGGAGCUGGAGCUGGAGAGGAACCAGCUGCAGGAGCAGAUCCUGAGUCUGGAGGAGCGCUGUCAAGAUCUGGAGGACCGGCUGCAGCUGCAGGCCCGAAUAGAGACCUUACAGAAUGAGUCAGAGAGACUUCAGAGCCAACUCGCCAGCCUCCGGAGUCAACAGAGCCGAGACGCAGAGAAGCACCAGCUGCUGGUUAGCAGCCUCAACGAACAGCUCAAAGGACUGAGUAACACUCAGGAGUGCCUGGAGAGCUCACUGAUCGAGAAGGAGAACACGUUGGCCAAGACGUCGGAGAAACUCGAGCUCAUCAACGGCCUCAGAGAGUCUCUGAGUGAAAAAGAAAUCCAGUACAAAGAGGUUUCUGACAAGCUCCUUCAGGCUGAGCACACCCUCGAGAACGUUUCCAUAAAAUGCAGCAGCUCAGAGAAACAGUGCUCCGAGCUGAAAACAGAAGUGGUCGACCUCACGCAGAAGCUCAGUGUGCUGAAGGAGAAGACACAAAAGCAGGAAGUCACCGUCGACACUUUACAAACGGAGCUCGAUCAGACAAACGAGGAGCUGGACAAACUAAACUCCGCCCACUUGGAAGAACGAGCCCAGCUCAUUCACGACCUCCAGAGCUGCGAGCGGGAGAUCGACAGACUCAAAGACGUGCUGUUGGAAAAGGACGAGGAGAUUCACACCCUCUCCUCUAACAUGGCCGAGUACGCGGAGCAGGUCACUGUGCUGAAGCAGGAGAUGAAACUCAAAGAAGAGAACCUGGUUCGUGUAGAGAAUGCUCUGAGUAAGGCAGAACGGGAGGCCACGAUCAUCAGAGAGUCUCAGACCUCAGAUCAGCAAGCGCUGGAUAGCAAGAUCGCAGAGCUGGUGGAGAGAGUGAAGGAGGCUGAGAUGGAGCUGCUCAAGGCCAAAGAGGAACGAGAGUCUAAAGAGGCUGAGGUGGAACAUCUGAUAAAGCAGACCGAGGAGGACAAGAGGACUAUCCAGGACCUUCGGGGGGAGAUCCAGAAGCAGCUCGUGAGCCAUCGUAAUCAUCUCUCUGAAUGUGAAACACACAUCACUUCACUAAAGGAACAGCUGACUGUGUCCACACAGAAGCAGCAGGAGUCAGAAGCAGUCCUUUUACAGCUCAAGGACAAAAACACCAGCAGUGAGCAGCUUCAGCAGCAGCUCAGUGAGAAAGAACAGACGUACGAAAGAGAACUGAAAUCUUUCAAGGAUGAACAGAACAAUCUCCUGGCACAGGUGGAGAAAUACAGCAAUGAAAUGCAGACGUUGUCCAAACGAUUAGAGGAGCAAACACAGAGCGAGGAGAACAUCAAGAAGGAGAUUCAAGAGAAACUGGAAACCAUAGCAACACUGGAAAACCAACUAAAGACGACGGACAAACAGGCCGAGGACGAGAGGCAGAAGUUCAACAAUGAACUGAAGAGCCGGGAUUCAGAAAACGAGAAACUGAGCAGCGAACUUCAGAGCAAAUCCGAAAAUAUCUCCAAACUCAGGAAUCUAUUAAAAAGCGUGAAGACGGAGAAAAAGGAGCUGCAAGAAAAACUAAAAGCGCUGACGGAGGAGCUCGAGCUACAGAAGCAGAGUGUUAAUGAACUUAGUGAAAAGAUUACAUCCGCUCUUGAACUCAACCAGAGUCUUGAGAAACAAGUAGAUGGUCUCACAAAAGAGAACGAGAGACUUGAACUGGAAGUAACCGGAAGCAUAAAAACAAUUUCAGAAGUUACGCUUGAAAAGGAUUCGUUGCAAGACAAAGUAUCUGCAUUGGAAACGCAGCUUUCACAAAACAACACGAUGAUUGAAGGGCUACAAAAAGACAAAGAGGAUUUGACUCUUCGAGCUCACGAGUUAAACAGAGUUGUUGAGCAAAGCACAAACUCAAACUCAGAGAUUCUGCUGGCAAAAACAAACGAAUGUAGUAACCUCAGCCAGCUGCUCAGGCAGAGAGAGGAGGAGGUGACACAACUAAAGGAGGAAAUGCAAAGCUUGUCUGUGAAGGUGGAGCAGCUCCAGCAUGACGUGGCAGAAAAAGAGAAGACGAUCAGUGAUAAUCGAUCACAGCUAGAGGUCCAACAAAACCAGCAGACGCAACUUCAGGAGACACUGUCUCUGCUUCGAGAACAGGAAUGCAGUCUGAAGUCUGAGUUAAAGGAGAAGGAGACGAUGCUGACAGAGAAGCAGGAAGGGAACCACAGUUUGGAGAAUGAAAUCACACACCAGAAAAAUAUCGUGUCCGAGCUACAAGCAGAAGCUGCAUCGCUGAACGAGGAGCGCUCCAAGCUUCGCCAGCAGAUCGAAGAAAAAGAAGAAAUGUUGAAAAAUGUGAAACAACAGUGUCAGAAACACAAAGAAGAAGUCAACGAUACGAACAACGCUGUUAAAUCUCUGAGUGAUCAGAUCCGCGUCAUGGAGGAAAACGCCAGAAAGCUGGAGUCUGAGGCAGAACUGAGGCAGACCGAGGUGGCUGGAUUAAGCAGUCACAUCCAGGCGGUGACUGAACAAAACCACCAACUCCGUGCAGCUUGUGAAUCCAGAGAGGAGCAGCUCGUUCUGCAGACACAGCUUCGGUCUGACCUCGACGGACAGCUAAAAGCAACUCUUGAACAAAUCGCUGCUUUCAGCCUGAAGAUCAGCAGCCUAACAGAAAGCAAUGAGAGGCUACAAGAGGAGUUAGCACAGAACAUCAAAUCAGUUUCUGAUCUAACAGCGGAGAGGAGUUUACUCCAAGAACAAAACUCUGGGCUUGAAAUUCAAAUCUCAGGGAAUCAGAAGAUAAUUAACGGCUUGUUGAGGGAGAAGGAGGAGCUUGCUUUAGCAGAAGAUGAAUUAAAAAAGAUCCUCAAGGAAAGCGAACAGUCGAACUCUGCAGGUUUGCUCGAGAAGACAAGUGAAUGUGCGAAUCUGUCAAAAAUGUUAAGAGAGAAAGAAGAGCAACUUCAAAGUCAACAAGAGCAAGUUGGUCGGCUCAACAUGUCGUUGAACGAGAGGCAGAACCAACUGCUGCAACUUCAGGAUACUGUGUCUAUGCUUCAGGAGCAAGGGUCUGUGCUCAAGGCAGGGCUGCUGGAGAAAGACGCCAUGCUUCAGCAGAAAGCAGAGGAGUGUCGCGUUCAUCAGAAUGAAGUCGUGCAGCUGAAAGCCCUCGUAUCACAGAUGCAGAGUGAAGUAGAGACACUCAGGAAAGAGACAAAUAUAAUAAUAGAGCAAAAAGAACAGAAAUUAAAAGAAUUAACGGAUCAGUUUCAUAACCAGAAAGACGAGCUGAGUAAACGAAGCGAGUCGGUGAUCUCUCUCAGCAGUCAGCUGGGCGCCAUGAACGAGAGCGCUGCAGAGACGGAGGUGGAGAUGUCCAACCUGAAGGCCGCGGUGCAGAAACUCACUGCAGAAAACGGUCAGCUGACACAGAAUGAGGACCAGAGGAAAGCAGAGAUCAUCGAUUUUAACGAUAACAUCCAAGCACUGAAUGAGCAGAACGGAAGGUUAAAAUCUGAGCUUCAGAAAACGGUGACGGAGUUGUCCAAAGCACACAAAGAGGUCCAACAUCUCCAAACAGUGAUCCAUGACGGGGACAACAAGCUUCAAACUGUGGACUCUGAGAAGGAAAGGCUCAAUCUGAGCAUGCAAGAAAAAGAAGACUCCCUGAACCAGCAGGAGAAUCUGAUCCAGCAACUCAGCAGUAGGAUCUCUGAGCAGGAGGAGCAGCUGAAACGAAAAGCAGACGACAAUAAGAGUUUAAGUUCAAAAGUUUCAGAGCUUGAAGAUUCUAUCUGUAAACUCAGAGGACAAGUUGACAGUCUUACUUCAGAGUCUUCUGUUUUGAAAAACACUUUGGAGAAAAAAGAACAGCUAAGUCUUGAAUAUCAGAGUCAUUCCUCCGCUGCUGUCGAGGAUUUUAAAAUAAAUCUACAAGCCAAAGAGGCCGAGUGUGAGAGCUUAAAAGAACAGAUUUGCCACCUUGAAGAAUCGGUCAGAAAGCUCAACAGCAGCCUCCAAGUUCAGAUGUCUGAGGCGGAGAAUCUGAAAAUGGCCUUGGAAGAAAAGGAGGCGGCUCUUUUGGAUCAAUCGACGUCUCUUCAGGAUAUUCAGAGACGAGCAGAUGAGGCUUCGCUCUUCAAGUCUCAGUUCAUGGAAAGCUCAGAGUCGGUGUCGCAGCUUCAGAGUCAAAUUCAGCUGCUGUCCUCCGAGUCUCAAAACCUCAAAACAUCAGCAGAGGAAACACAAAGUGCCUUCAACAACCUUCAGGAGAAAUAUGCCGCUAACUUAGAGGAGCUGCAGGAUGUGAGAAAGCACCUGUCCCAAACGACGGAUGAGGUGUCCGACCUUCGGAAGUUACUGGAUGACACCAGUGACGAACAUCAGACGGCAAAUACAACUAUAGAAACACUAAGGAAUGAAUUGUCUGCAACCAAUCACAAACUUCAGACAGCCGAACACCUGAACUCCAGUCUUUCCAAAGAAAAGGACGAAGCUUUGACUUCUCACCAAGAGAGCGUGUCGCUGCUGACCGUCGAACUAGAACGACUCAAAUCACAACACCUUCAAGUCGUGGCCCAAAUGAACGCUCUGACGGAAAACCUGGAGCAGAGGGAAAUGGCUCUCCAUGCAAUCAACAGUCAGUACACAUCCCAGGCCAAACACGCAUCACAGCUGGUCUCAGAAAUGCAGAAACUAGAACAGCAGAACAAGAGGCUAAAUGAGGAGAUCAGUUUGUCAAAGGAGGAGCACCAGAAGCGUCUCACGGCUGUCAGCAAUGAGAACACGCGUCUGCAAGAGGAGGUUAGGAAACAUCUUGCAGAGAGGGAAGAGCUGGAAAAGAGACAUCAUCAAGUACGAGCGUCACAGGGGGAGCUGCAGGUUCAGAUGGAGCAGCAGUCCAGCAGCUUGAGCCAAAUAAUGGAGCAAACGAUGUCCGAGAAGGAGAGCCUUCAAGCAAAGGUUAGUGCCAACGACGAAGAGGUAACUCGAUUAAAAGAGAACAUUGAAAAGAUAGAGCAGAUUCUGCAGGAUUCUGAGAAAGAGUGGCUGUUAGUUCUGGAUAGAGAGAAACAGGAUAAGAACCUGCUGGCAGAGCAGUUGAAAAGUGUUGAAAAUGAAAUGAAAUCUAAAGAUGUUAAAGUUAAUGCUUUGAAAGGAGACUUGGACAGCUUGCAGGAGAAACUAGCAGAGGCCUCCGCCAAAGAGCUGGAGGCUUCAGCAUCCAGGAUUCAGCUUGAGAAGGUGUUAGCGUCUGUCCAGGAAAAGGAUAAUGACAACAAUACUUUGCAACAGGCUCUAAAAGCUGCAGAACACGAGUUGCAAAAACUGGUAGCGAGAACAAACAACGCUGACAAAGAUUCCUCUGAGAGAUCAGCUGCUUCUUUACAGGACAUGAUACAACUAUUACAAGAAAGUCAUCAGUCUGAGAUGGAUGCUUUGAGAGAUGAGUUGGAUAAAACAGUUGCACAAUUACAAAAAGCACAGAACACACUUAAUAGAGGAGAGAGGAGUAACGAAGAGAAGGGUCAACAAAUUGUUAUUUUGCAAGAGAUGGUGGAGCAUCUGCAGACUCGACUCGAGGCCGAGUUGGAGACGGUGAAAGAAGCUGCUGUCAAACACUCUUCUUUACACGGAGAGUCACAAGCCAAAGAUGAGCAGAUCAGCUGUAUGAGCAUUCAGAUCAGUCAGCAGAAGGAGUUACUCACUGGACUCAGUCAGCAGUUGAGGGACAAAGAUGCAUCCAUCGGCCAACUUAUAGAAUCCGCCUCAAGUGAAAGAAUGAAACUUAGUGAGGAGAAAACAUCUCUGACAGCACAAUUGGAAAGCGUCGAGCAAGAACAUGAAACCUCCAUGAAGAGACUCGAAGAGAUUUCUCAGCAGUUGGAGGAACGUCUGUCACGCUCUCAAAGUGAAAUCGAGACCAAGGCUUCGGAGAAGCUUGAGCUGAUCAACAAAAAUGACGACCUAAAGAGCGAACUUGCCAAGGUAUCUAAAGAAAAGGACGCAACGAAGAAGAAGCUUCAAGCUGCUCUCAUUGUGAGGAAGGAUCUGCUGAAAAAGAUUGAGCAAUAUGAAAACCAAAAAGAAGAGAGUGCAAAUGAUAAAAGUGAGGUUUCCCUUUUACAGGAUAAAUUAGAAGAAGUAACAAAUCAAGCUCAGGCCGCUGCAGAGAUGUAUCAAGAAAACGUUUCUCUUCUUGAAAGGAAACUCAAAACAGAAAGUGAUAGACUCGUGGAACAGUUGCAGUCGGAAAAACAAAUGUUGCAAGCUGCUUUCAACGAGAAAGAAGUGAGUUUGUCAGAAGCUUUGCAGACGCUGACCGAGAAAAGCUCCCUCGUGGAGCGGCUGCAGUCCAGAGCUGCUGAGAGAGAGGAAGUGUACGAGCGAGACAGGAACAUCUGGGUGCAGCAAUCAGAAGAGCUUCAAAAUGAAAUCAAGACGUGUAAAGAAGAGUUAGAGGACAAGUCUUCCUCCAAUGCUUCUGCAGUCGAUUUGGAAAAUGAGCUCGCACAGACGAAGCUUGAAAAGGCGAAGAUACAGAAAAAGGCCCAGGCUGCCUUGCUGGCUCGCAAAGAGACGCUGAAGAAAGCUCAAGAGAACGAAAGGAAGUUAACUCAAGAGCUGGCUGAACUGAAAGACGACUACAAAGCUCUUCUGGAGCAACGCUGCCAGCAGACCAAUGAGCUGAACGCCAUCCAGUUGGACUUUGACGAGAAGGUCAGGGAGCUGGAGGAACUCCGUCAGAGCUCUCUCUCCGAUCGAGACGAACUGGACACUUUGAGACAGCUUGUCGAGGAGAGGGAUACAACUCUACAAGAUCUGAAGAUGUCUCUGGCUGAGAAAGAGAGCCAGUGCCAUUCUCUGUCAAACUUGCAGACAGAGCUUGAAAAUGUAAAAUCCAAGUUUGAGAGCUCGUCUCUUGAGAUGGCGAGUAAAGACGAGGCCCUGGAAGUCGUGAAGCAAAGAGCAGACGCUCUGAAAUCCAAACUUCAGGUGGUAGAGUAUGACUUAGAGAAAGCUGCUGCAGAGGUAAAAGAGAAAGCAGAAGAAGUUGAGAAAUAUCAGGAAGCUAUUAAAGCUGCUGAGCUAAAGACCCAACAGGAGAAGAAAGAGUUAUUGAAUAAGCUGAGCGUCUCACUGGAACACAUGCACGCCGAUGAGGAUAAAAAUCAACUCUUGAUGGAGCAAAACAAGGCUCUUCUGGAGAAAAGUGACCAGAUGAAAGUGGAACUUGAAGCUUUGGCAUCACAGAAAUCAUCGGGAGUUUUAGCCGUCCAUGAGACGGCAGCAGAAACACAGCAGCAGCUCAGUGUUACGACACAGGAGCUUGAAAAUGCACAGCGACAUUGUGCUGAAAAACAAACAAAGCUGGAUUCGUUAAAGCAAGAAAAUGAAAAUGCUCUCAGAUUAAUCAGUGAACUCAGGGAUGAGGUAACAGCGCUGAAUGAGCAGCUGAAGGAGAAAGUUAAUGAGCAGCUCCAUCAAAACAAGCCUCUAACAAACAAUCAGGAAGAAGUGAUCUGUUCCUCUUGCAGAGGUGCGGAAAACUUUGAAGUGAAACUAAAGGAGAGAGACGACGCCUUGUCAGCUUCUCAGGCUCAAGUUUCAGAAAAGGAAGAACUAAUUGCUGCACUUGAACUGCAAUUACAGCAUCAAAUUAAAAUACAUGAAAGUGCCGUUGAUAAAAUGAAGACUGAGGCUGCUGAACAUCAGAAAUCAGGAGACGAUGGAGCCAAAGCGAACGAUCGGGACAGCCAGAACAAAGCUGCUCUCCUAACCAGGAAACUUCAAGCAGCUUUAGUUUCCAGAAAAGAGCUCAUAAAGGAAAACGCAUCACUUAAAGAAGAAGUAGAAAAGCUCUCAGCUAGACAUGAAGCUAAAGAAGCCGAGUACAGCUCUCUGGAAUCAUCCGUGAUGAAGUUAAAACAGCAGAACGUGGACCUGGAAAGCUCUGUGUCGUCUCUGACCAGGGAGAAAGACGAGCUCAGCAGCGAGGCGGAUGGCGUCUUCAGCGAUAAUCGCAGCCUGUCGGCCGCCUGUGAGAGCUUGAAACUAACCAUAGAAAACAUCACGCAGCAGAAACAAGCUUUCUCCUGCCAGCUGGAGUCUCUGAAGGACUCUCAGACGGAGGAGCUGUCCAAGUGGAAGGCAAAGCACGCCGAGCUGAAACAAGAGUACGAGUCUCUCCUGCAGGCUUAUGAGAAUGUGAGCAGCGAAAUGGAUAAGAUGAGACAGCUUCUGGAGGGAGCUAAACGAGACCGGCAGGAAGCCCUCAGAAAAAUCCACAAACAUGAGACCGAGAUGGAGAUUCUGGACAAGCGAGCUCGAGACAUGGAGGAAGAAAAUGGAAGGAUUAAAGAGAGGAUGCACAAAUUUUCCAAAGAGAAGCGGCAGAAGAUUGAGGAGCUGGAGGAGGAGAAUCAGAAUAUUAGAAAAGAGCUGACUGAGCUCGAGGAAAACAACAAACUGGCAACGUGCGAGCUGACUGAUGAAGAUCAACCAUUGGAGACGGAGAUUUGCAGACUCGAAAAGAAACUGACUGAUUUGGAGGCUGAAAAUAACCGACUGACACAAAAGCUUGAAGACGCUAGCCGUUCGUUGGAAGAGAAGCACUCUGAAUCAAACACCUACUCGAACAACAUGCAGCUCAAACUUGACGAAGCACUCAGUUUGAAUAAUUCCCUGACGGCCCAGAUCGAGGCCCAGAAAACAGAACUCGGAGCUCAGCUGGAAAUCAACAAUUUGUUAGAAAAAGAGAAGCAAAAUCUUUCUGAAAGAAUCGAGAAGAUACAGAACGGUAACGAAAUGCAGCUGGGAAAGAAAGACGAGGACAUUAAAGAGCUCAAAGACGUCAUCAACAGAAACACCAGAGAGAGCAUCAGCCUGAACGAGAAGGUGAGGAUCUUGGAGGAUGACAAGUCUCUUCUCCAGGAGGAGCUGGAAAACGUUCAGGAGAUUUCAGACAAAGUGAAAAAUGAAAAUGAAUAUCUGGAAACGGUGAUCCUGAAAAACUCUGAGAGGAUCGAUGAACUGACCGAGUCCAUCUCCGUUUUGCAAACCCAAAACACCCAGCUGUCCUCUCAGCUGGCGGCGACCAAAGAGAUGAGCAGUCAGGUUCGCCAAGAAAAAGAGAAGGAGCAGCUCAAACUGGUCCGAGAGUUCGAGGAGAAGCUCAAGACGGUUCAGAGAGGCAGCGAGGGCACCAAGAGCGUGAAGAAAGAACUGCAAGAGCUGCUCAGAGAAAAGCACCAGGAGAUAAAUCAGCUGCAGCAAAACUGCAUCAAAUACCAGGAAUUGAUUUUGGAUCUCGAGGGCGCUGUGAAGAGCUCACGGUCCGCCUGUGAACACCUGGAGAGAGAAGUGAAGAAAAGCUCAGAGCAAACUUCAGCUUUAGAGGAGAGAAGGAAACUGGUGGAAGCCGAGCUGAUGACCCACAAGAAGCUCCUCCAGGAGGCCACGGAGACGAUCCUGAGUGUGGAGUCUGAACGAGACCAGCUGGCUGUGGACAUCUCACAGGAAAGGAAAAGAUCUGAGGAUCAGAAAAUCACAAAGUCAUCACAAGAUGUAGAUGAGAAACAAUUCAAUUCUUAUUUGGAGAAUCAGUUAAUGUUACAGCAGCAGAUAGAUGACCUUAAAGACCUGAAAGAUAAAGAAAGUCAAAAAGCUGAUGAGCUGAGGCGGCAGUUAGACGCUCAAGAUCUUCAGAUAAACACUCUGAAGAGAUCGGCUGAGACCAAGGAGGCCAAGCUGUCGGCUUUAUCCGCCUCUCCUCCAGGCGCCGACGCUUCCAAACGCUGGAGCCAUUUGUACCAAAAGACGUUGCACGAGAAGGACAACCAGCUCCUGGAGCAGGGUUUCGUGAUCAAGCGGUUCCUGGAGGACAUGAGAGUGAAAGACAAAGAGGUGAAUGAGCUCCGAGUGACCAAGUCCCGACUGGAGAGGACGCUCAGCGAAUACUCGGUCGCUGCCGCGGCGCAGCAGAGGCAGCUGUUUGUCCUGAGCGCCAACAACGCCGAGCUCUCCGAGAGCGAGGAGCUCCUGGAGGUUCAGGUGAAGGAGCUCGGUGCUCACGCCGAAAGAUUAGAAAAAGAUAAAAACGCACUGAACCGACAGCUCGCCGACAAGGAGGACGUGAUUUCCCAAACGCAGCUAAAUCUGCAGCAGGUGGAGAAGAUGAACGCAGACUCGGAGGCCCGGCUGCUCCUUCUGCAGUCUCUCAAUGACAAAGUUCAAGCUGACUUUGAGAAGCAGGAGGGGAUUUCCCUGCAGCUGAAAACACUCCUCCACAACAAAGACGCCGAGAUCACCUCCUUGCUGUCCUGCAGAGACGGACAGAUGUCCGGAUAUCUGGAACAACUCCAGGCUAACCACCGCGCACAGGUAUCCGUGUACGAGGACAGGUUAGCGUCUUCACGCUACCAGAGAGAGAAGGCCGACAGAGAGCUGAGAGGCCUCGAAGCAAAGGUGAAAAGCCUGGAAAACAAAGUGAACAGGUCGAUCCAGGAGAAGGAGCAGACGGCUGCCAAGAUGGAAUCAUUCAAGAACUCGAUGGUGUCUCUGCAGAGCGAACGGGACCGGCUGACCUCAGAGUACAGGAUGCUUGAAGCAAAGAGCCAGUUAGGGUUGAAGGGCAAAGACGGCUCAGCUGACGGGGAAGGAGGCGCCACCAAAGGCCUCAAACAUGAAAUACGGAAGCUGUUGCAUCAAAUGGAUGAUCUCAACUCUGAGAACGCUAUGCUCAGGGCUCAGCUGGUCCGCUACAGAGAGGACCUGAAUCAGGUUUUAUUCCUGAAGGACAACCAGCUGAAGGUGCUGCUGCAGAAGCAGCAGGAAGUGAUCAAAGACCUGGAACACCAAAAGGCUUCAGCAGAAAAGCAGCACAGAGAGUCUCAGUCGGAGCUGCAGAGGGAAGAAGAGGCGAGUAGUGUUUUAAGGGCAGAGAAUUCUCAACUCGAAGCUCAGGUUUCCAGCCUGGAGGCAGAUGUGUUCACUCUAAAACAAGAAAGAUCCGCCACAAAUGAAGGCAAAGUGAUCGCCGAUUUGCAGGAAGCGGUCGCAGCCAAAGCGUCUGAAUGUAACGACCUCCAGCAAAAGCUUCUCUCUCAGAAAGUCCUAACCGAUGAGCUCAAGGACAAAAUGCAUCUGUUGGAGAAUGAAACGGACAAAAGCCUGUCUGAAGCUGAGGACAAGUACAACAGUGAGCUGGACGCCUUCGAGCGUGAGGUGGAGCUGAUGAGAACCAUGCGGGAAAAUGGCGAUCGCAGGACGGAGGAGCUCGCUAAAGAGCUGCUGGAGAUGGAGCAGCAGCUCUCGGAGGCCAAGACGCAGAGCAGAGACACCAAGGCUCAGAACGAGUCCAUGUGCAGAGCCAUGGCCGCUCUGCAGAACGACCGGGACCAGCUCAUAGAAGACUUCAAGGUCCUGAGGAACGGAUACGACGAGGAGCUCCGGGAGACUCGGGCGGCCCUGAACAAGGCGGAGCGCGGCCUGAGGGACGCCACGUCCGACCUGGCCAUGUUCACCAAAGAGAGGGACGUCCUUGUUCGGAAGGUAGCGGCUUUAGAGAACAAAGACGCACACGCAGAGCUGAGCAAGCUGCUGGGCGAGCUGUCGAGGGAGUUGUCGGGGAAGGAAAGGGAACUGAAGCAGGUCGCCCAGGAGAACGACACGUACGGCAGGCAGCUGACGGCGUUCUCCAGAUCCAUGGCCAGCCUCCAGGACGACCGGGACCGACUCCUGGAGGAGCUGGCCGGGGCCAAAAGGGCGGUCGAGUCCAGACAAGGGUCGAGCCCGGAGACGGGAAGGUCAAAAGGAAGUGGCCUCCAGAGUGAGAACGAAGGGCCGGAAACGAUGCAGAAGAUGGACGACCUGCAGCAGACUGUGAAGAAGAUGCAAACUCAUGGAGCUCCGCCUGAAAGAGAAACCAGCAACUACCAGCAAGAAACUCCAGACCUGAGGUCCGACACAGAGAGGAAGGCCACGCUGCCAGUCAAGGAAACGGUUGUUCUGGCCGGUCGGAGCGGAUCGGAGGAGCUGGUGAGCCGGUUGGAGGCGGAGAGGAUCCAGCUCCACGGGGACCUGCAGCGCUGCUUGUACGAGAUCCAGCAACGGGACCAGUACUUCCAGCAGCUCAACCUCAAGCUGCAGCAGACGAUGGAGGAGAAAGGUGCCGCUGCAGCUCAGUUGAGAGCCGUCUCCCAAACCCUGAGGGACACCCAGGAUCGCUGCCACUGGCUGGAAAACCAGGUUCAGGCUCAGGGGUCGUCGUUUGCUGAGGUUGCCCCCGGAGCCCCUCAGGAGAGGAGCAACAACUCCAUGAUGGCUGAAACCGCUGAAGCCAGUCAGCUCAGAGACAGGCUGCUGGAGUUGGAGCAAAGUCUGAGAGAAGAGAGAGCGAGGAGAGAGACGGCGGAGGAGACUCUACGUCUGACUGAGGACCAAGCUAAGAGUGUCAGUUCCAGAGACGGUCAGAGAGACUUCAGCAUCGAGAUGGAGACAGAGGAGGAGUGGGAGGCUCUCAGUCUGAACCCCAACCAGCCUCUGAUCACACGGAAGGUGAAAGGCGGCGCGGUGGCGUGUCGGCGCUGGCUCCGGGGGCGGAGCCUCUACUUCUCACGGCUGCUGACGAGCCGCGCCCGCUCUCGAUACCUCUUCCUGGCCUACCUGCUCUCCAUUCACCUGCUGGUCCUCAUGUGCCUCACUGGAGCCCUGUAGACCGGGUCACACCGGAACACAGCGUCUCUAUGGUCCUCCUGUGUUGUAAAGCAUGCUGGGAAAUCACAAGUGUUACACAUCCGGACGUUGAACAGUAAAUAGGAUGUUAAAGUAAAGAUUAUGCAGCAGUGAGGAUGUUAAAGUUACACGUCUUGUUUCUGGAUUUGGCAGAAUGUAACGUUCUUUUUUAUUUAUCUGCUGUUUGUUUGAGUUUCUCUUAAACUCCAGCAGAUGUUUUUUCUUUAAAUGUUUUAUGGUGAAUCGAGCCUUAAACUAUGAUUCUCUCUCCUCGCUUAAUUAUUCAGGCGCGUUGCCGACGGGUUGUUGUUUUUCCAGAGACGAGGAAAGAAAACUUUAAAUGCCUAAGAAGGUGCAGGAAGCCAUAUCCAUACUUCACACGACACUGUCCAUGUUGUUUGACUCUCAUCGCCUCGUUUCCUCGUUCGUCCUGAAGUCGGGAUCAAAUCCCAAACGUUCCUCCGGCUGCUGCUCUCCGUCGCCCGCCUGCUUUCAUAUCUUGCACAUAAAUCGCGAUGCUGAGUUCAAACUAUGCACUGAAGCUCCAAAUGUGUAAAUAAUCAACUCGUAUAAGCUCGGAAGCACUACACUCCCCCCCCCCCCCCCCGCUCCCUUUAAACUGCAAAGCCAAAGGCAGUUCGAACACGACAGCCGGACACGAUAUGUCCCUAAAUUAAACAGAAAAGCAGAGGACACUGUGUGUAUUUAUGGCUUAUUGUAUUUAUGAGUGCUGUACAGUAUCUAUGAUGGGCUGUAUGUAUGUAUAUAUGCAUUCUGAAGGUGUGAUUGUAACGAGAGGUGGUCGAUUAACGAGCCACAAAUCAGAUUUCUGAUUCUUUUACAGACAACAGAAAACAGGGUAAAAUAUGAAAUAUGAUUUCUGGCUCCUUCAUCGACCCGGUUUGGUGAUGAGUUUACUGGUACGUUGUCCUAAUGAUGUGUACAUAAAAGGUGUGAUUGACUGACAAAACAAUAAAUCUAUUUAUGAGAAGAUGGUUGACUACUGAUAAAUGUUCAGAGGGCAUAUUUUUUAUUUCUCCUCUGUCUUUAGAGAUGGAGAACGCUGUCGGCCUCUUGGUGACAUCAGGCUCCACUCAGUGCAAUAAUGAUCAUCUCACCCUCUACCACCUCUAGAGACAUUUAAUAAAGCUUGUUCAACUUUUCUUUUUGUGUUUAUGAUGUGUGUAUUUAACCCGUCUGU